AAAGUUGCACGUGCGGGUCACGUGAAUGUACGUGACAACACACGACAACGAGACGAUUCGGUUUCUUCAGUUGCACCACAAGCCUUCAACAGCCAUGUAUUUUGGAACCUUAGUUCUGGUUUCCUUGGCUCUAAAUGCGGGUAGUGUAAGUUGCAAGGGAGUUGACUUAAGUCGCUAUAUAAUUGAAGUUUCAUCUACUUGUAAUUCUGUACGAGGAAAUCGUCCUAUACUCAAUAUACUCACAGAUUACAGUAUUUCAGCUGUAGCUAGAUGUGCUCAGGGUGAUCAGAAUUUUACAUCAAUAGAUGGAGUCCAUUAUAAUCUUCCAGCCUCUUACACUGCAGGCAAUAACAGAUGCCUGUUUUACCGUCGAGGCAAUACAUUUGCUGUUGAAGUAGCUGUGCUGUAUGGAGAUACGUCAGCUAAGCUAUUACGUCACGAGAAAACGUACACCGUAUCCUGUACUUUUGACAAAAAUGGUAAACAAUCAUCACGUGGCCAUAAAGUUAUUGAAGGACGAUUGUCUGGACAACAGAUACAGAUUAAUACUGGUAAACAAAUUAGUUCAUCGUCUCUCAGUCUAUCUCUACAGAACGUAAAUAACAUAGAUAUCAAAGGGGGCAUGCUACCAGACAAUACCUGGGUGUCUUUGUUCGCUAAAUCCAACGGUGCAAACAAAGAAAUGGGCAUCCGUGCCACUAGUUGUGAUGCAGUUGGUGGAAAAAAUGGAAAAGGAAAACGAUACGCUAUCUUGAGAGCAGGUUGUGGUGAUGGUCAAAUAUUCAAGAAACAAGAAGGUUUUAUAACGACAGGAAGAACUUCAAGAAGUCCGUAUUUUAAACCUUUCUAUGUCGAAGGUGAUAAAUAUGUAGACUUUGUCUGUAAUUUUACGAUUUGUUCCAGUUCUUGUGAAGGGAGUUCGUGUAAACCCAAUUAAACCUUGAAGAUUUUUGAAUCGCGAGAAAAAGAAACGUCGGGGAUUUAACAUUCGAAUAUGUAUUUUUAAUACUCGACCUAGAUAGCGGACAAAUAAAAUGUUUUUGGACUGUCA